AUGGCGGCUGCGGUCGGGCGGGACACCCUACCUGAGCACUGGUCGUACGGCGUUUGUCGGGACGGCCGCGUCUUCUUUAUUAAUGACCAGCUCCGCUGCACGACUUGGCUGCACCCGCGUACCGGCGAGCCCGUCAACUCGGGUCACAUGAUCCGCUCAGACUUGCCGCGCGGCUGGGAGGAGGGCUUCACGGAGGAGGGCGCCAGCUUCUUCAUCGACCACAACCAGCAGACCACAACCUUCAGGCAUCCUGUGACUGGGCACUUUUCUCCAGAAAACAGUGAAUUCAUUCUUCAGGAGGAGGAACCACACCCACACAUGUCGAAGCAAGAGAGAAACCAAAGACCGUCCAGCAUGGUCAGUGAGACAUCCACGGCUGGGACCACGUCCACCCUGGAGGCCAAGCCUGGACCCAAGAUCGUCAAGUCCAGCAGUAAAGUGCACAGCUUUGGGAAGAGAGACCAGGCCAUUCGGAGGAACCUCAAUGUCCCGGUGGUGGUGAGGGGCUGGCUGCACAAGCAGGACAGCUCCGGGAUGAGGCUGUGGAAAAGACGGUGGUUUGUGCUCGCUGAUUACUGUUUGUUUUAUUAUAAAGACAGCCGAGAAGAAGCAGUUCUCGGGAGCAUCCCUCUGCCCAGCUACGUCAUCUCCCCUGUGGCUCCGGAGGAUCGGAUAAGCCGCAAGUACUCCUUUAAGGCUGUGCACACAGGAAUGAGGGCGCUCAUCUACGGCACCACCACAGCGGGCUCCCAGACUGCUCUCGGCAUGAGAACCUACUACUUCAGCGCUGACACCCUGGAGGACAUGAACGCCUGGGUCAGGGCCAUGAACCAGGCUGCGCAGGUGCUGUCUCGGUCGUCACUGAAGAGGGACACGGACAAGGUGGAGCGGCAGGCCAUGCCGCAGGCCAACCACACCGACACCUGUCAAGAAUGUGGCCAUGUGGGACCUGGGCACUCGAGAGACUGUCCUCAUCGAGGCUACGAAGACUCCUAUGGCUUCGACAGGAGGGAGCCGGAGGAGGAGCGCUUCCGUUCUCAAAGAGACCUACUGGAGGGCAGGCGGGACAGGAGCAAGGCCAGGUCCCCGUACUUGCCAGCUGAGGAGGAUGCCUUGUUUGUGGAUCUACCCGGUGGUCCCCGAGGCCAGCAAGCACAGCCACAGCGGGCCGAGAAGAAUGGCGUGCCACCUGUCUCUUAUGGCCCAGGAGAACAAAAUGGGACCAGUGGGUACCAGCGUGCGGCUCCUCCCAGGGCCAACCCGGAGAAACACAGCCAGAGGAAGAUGGCCCAGGCGGAACACUGGGCAAAGGCUCAGAAGGGGGAUGGAAGGAGCUUGCCCUUAGACCAGACGACACUUCCUCGCCAGGGUCCUAGUCAGCCCCUCUCCUACCCGGAAAACUACCAGACUCUUCCCAAGAACACUCGACAUCCUUCUGGGAGCUCGUCACCCCCUCCCCGGAACCUGCCCAGUGACUACAAGUACGCACAGGACCGAGCCAGCCACCUGAAGAUGUCCAGUGAGGAGCGCCGGGCACACAGGGAUGGUACCGUGUGGCAGCUGUACGAGUGGCAGCAGAGACAGCAGUUCCGGCACGGCAGCCCCACGGCUCCCAUAGGAGCUGGCUCCCCAGAGUUCAUGGAGCAGGGCCGCAGCCGGAGCCUGCUGGAGGUGCCCCGCUCCAUCUCCGUGCCUCCAUCUCCUUCUGACAUCCCUCCUCCAGGGCCUCCCAGGCCCUUCCCACCCCGGCGGCCACAUACACCAGCAGAAAGGGUCACAGUGAAGCCACCUGAGCACAGGAGGAGUGUGGACAUCUCUCUGGGAGGUUCGCCCAGGAAGGCACGGGGUCAUGCUGUCAAGAACUCCACUCAUGUGGACCGACGUUCCAUGCCGUCCAUGGGCUACAUGACUCACACUGUCAGCGCUCCCAGCUUACACGGGAAAUCUGCUGAUGACACCUACCUCCAGCUGAAGAAGGACCUGGAGUACCUGGAUCUAAAGAUGACAGGCCGAGAUCUUCUUAAGGAUCGAAGUCUGAAGCCGAUGAAGAUCGCUGAGAGUGACAUUGAUGUCAAGCUGAGUGUGUUCUGUGAACAAGACAGGAUCCUCCAGGACUUGGAAGACAAGAUCCGAGCUCUCAAGGAGAAUAAAGACCAGCUAGAAUCUGUGCUGGAGGUGCUGCACAGACAGACCGAGCAAUACCGAGACCAGCCACAGCACCUGGACAAGAUCACCUGCCAGCAGAGGCUCCUGCAGGAGGACCUGGUCCACAUCCGGGCAGAGCUCUGCAGGGAGUCCACGGAGAUGGAAAAUGCCUGGAAUGAGUACCUGAAGUUGGAGAGGGACGUGGAACAGCUGAAGCAGACCCUGCAGGAGCAACACAGAAGAGCCUUCUUCUUCCAGGAGAAGUCACAGAUACAGAAGGACCUGUGGAGAAUUGAAGAUGUCAUGGCAGGCUUGAGUGCGAAUAAAGAGAACUACAGAGUCCUGGUGGGGUCUGUCAAAAAUCCAGAAAGAAAAACGGUGCCUUUGUUCCCUCACCCGCCUGUGCCUUCACUCUCGCCAACUGAGAGCAAGCCGGCCCUGCAGCCUAGUCCUCCCACCAGCCCUGUGCGGACACCUCUGGAGGUCCGACUCUUCCCACAGCUGCAGACCUACGUGCCAUACCGACCUCACCCGCCCCAGCUGAGGAAAGUGAUGUCCCCCCUUCAGUCACCAACCAAGGCAAAGCCUCAGGUGGAAGACGAGGCACCUCCCAGGCCACCACUUCCUGAACUCUACAGCCCAGAGGACCAGCCUCCAGCUGUGCCACCUCUGCCGAGAGAGGCCACCGUCAUACGGCACACAUCCGUGCGGGGCCUCAAACGACAGUCGGAUGAAAGGAAGAGGGACCGGGAACAGGGCCAGUGUGUGAACGGCGACUCAAAGGUGGAGCUCCGGUCCUAUGUGAGUGAGCCAGAGCUGGCCAGCCUCAGUGGGGACGUGCCUCAGCCCUCCCUGGGCCUCGUGGGCUCUGAGAGCAGGUACCAGACACUGCCAGGCAGAGGGCUCUCGGGCUCCACAUCCAGGCUCCAGCAAUCGUCCACCAUUGCUCCCUACGUCACACUCCGGAGGGGUCUGAAUGCCGAAAACAGCAGUGUGACCUUCUCUAGACCCAAGAGUGCCUUGGAGCGCCUGUAUUCAGGGGACCACCAGCGGGGCAAGAUGAGUGCGGAGGAACAGCUGGAGCGGAUGAAGCGACACCAGAAGGCCCUGGUCCGGGAGCGCAAGAGGAAUCUGAGCCAAGGAGAGAGAACGGGCCUGCUCUCAGCCCGAUAUCUCAGCCAGCCACUGCCUGGAGAUCUUGGCUCAUGGAAGCGAGAACAAGAUUUUGACCUGCAGCUGCUGGAGCGGGCUGCUCAGGGGGACAGAAAAGACAGAGAAGACGGCUGGCUGAAAGUGCAAGCCACACCCGUCAUGGAGUUGGACCUAGAGCCUCAAGACUAUGACUUGGACAUCAACAGAGAGCUGUCUAAACCAGAGAAGGUCGCCAUCCCCGAGCGGUAUGUGGAAAUGGAUCCUGAGGAGCCACCCAGCCUUGAAGAGCUGCAGGCCCGGUACCGAAAGGCUGAGAAGAUACGAAACAUCCUCACCCGGUCAAGCAUGUGCAACCUGCAGCCCACAGGCCAGGACCGCAACAGCCUGGCAGACCUGGACUCGCAGCUGCAGGAGCAGGAGCGCAUCAUCAACAUUUCCUAUGCUCUGGCCUCAGAGGCCUCUCAGCGCAGCAAGCAGGUAGCAGUGCAGCAGCUGGCCCUCCUCCCGCCUAAAGCCCCCCUGUCCUCCAGGACGGUGCCACCUUACCCCCCCUUAAGCAACGGACUGCACUACACCUUUGUCUAACACCUUCCAACCCAGGCAGCAACAGACCCAUGACCCAGUGUGCAGAGGAGAAGCCUGGAGCCGGGGACCCAGCUCAACCAGCAUCUUCCUGAAACAAUGUCUUCUCUGCCCCAGGGGAAAUCCUUCUAGCUGAACGGGGGCUCUGGCUGGAGGAGAGAGCAGCCCACCCAGCCUGGUGGGCACAGCAUCCUAACCCCUGCCCAUCUGUUUCAGUCCAGAUUCCUUUUUACAGAUGAUAGAAGCACUUUUGAUACACGGUGUGAAACAUACUGUAUUUUAGAAUCAGAAUAUAUUUUGUAAUGCUCACCUCAAGGGCCGAGUGGCUGGAAAGGUGAGCCUGCAGGGUUUUGUAGCCACACACAGGGAUUCAGGUACUAUGGGGUGGCUGGGGAGAAGAGCAGGACAGGCGGGGGCCAUUUCCACCGCCCACGAACCCAGAGAGUGACUACCAGUGGGUUCCAGCAUGAGGCUUGUUAUCAUGCUCCCCAGGAAACGGGAGGCAGUUGACUGCAGAAAUCAGCAUCCCACGCCGAUGCCCAGCCCUGGAAACUCCACCUGGAUGGCUCACGGAGCCUGUCUGUGCCUUGGUUCUGACUGAGGAGCAACUGUGUGUGUUCAAGAGCAGUGGCUUCUUCAGCCUGUUGGUGAAGCAGUGAAGUUCCCUCAGCAAAAAAACAGUUCUUCUCAGAAGAAAAACAAAAGCCGCUGUGGGGAUGGGAAAUGUGCUGUAGCAAUAAAUUCCCCAUUGGGUGGUAUCUACACGCGAAGGCCUAACCUGACGCCAUCCCUCCAGCCAGGCAGGGCUGAAGGACCUCUGCUGCCCGCCUGUGGGGAAGCCUAGGACAGCUUCCCCAGGACUGGUGAGAGGGGCAGGCAGGGCCAGGACACAGGCCUGUGACCUGAUCCAGCCCAGCUGAGGAGGUGGCCAUGCCAGAUACAGUGUUCUUGGCCCCUUAUUUACCUUGUCUCCUGAUAGUCUACAUACAGGAAGCAAUGAUUAGAAGAAAAAAACAAACAAAAACACCUCCGUUGUUGGAGCCACAUUUUAAAUGAAAAUUUGUCUUUAUGCUUAAAAGAAAAAAAAAAUCCUUGAAUAUAUUUAGAAGUUGCUGUCUAUUUUUAACUAACUCCAUAUGCUGCCAGUAUCAACUUCAUGACAUUUGCCAAAAUAAGAUUUUAUUUUUGCCUUUAUAAGAUUUUGUUGGAAAAAAGUGAAAUGAAUAUUUUGCAAGAAAAAGUUAAUUUAAAUAAAAGUGUAAUGGUUUGCAAAAAAAAAAAAAGUGAUGUACA